AAUCAACUUCUUGUUACCUGUGGAGAUAAAGAAGGCAUGCUGCAUAAAAACAAGCUACUCAAAGGAGUCAAGUGUAUUAAGUGUAAGUCAAAUGGCCGUUGGUACACCCCAAAUAGUUUUGAGAGGCUUUCAGGAAGAAGAAACAGCAAGAACUGGAAAACCAGCAUUCGCCACAAUAACAUAACACUGAAAGAGCUUAUAGAGAGUGGCCAUCUGCAGUGUGCACCCAUGAUGCAACGUACAGUCCAAAAGCGUCGCACAAAGAAUAACACAGUUCAGAGGGAUGACCAACAGCAGCGUUCACAUACAAUCCGUAGCAGCCUUCAGAAGACUCAGAAUGUGACUGUCAACAUUCAGUUGUGAAGGAUCAGCACAAACAAAAUGAAAAGGGAUAUAAUAUUUUACUCAAUACUAGUGACCUGGUUAAAAUAGGUUGGAUGUGUUGUA